CCGCCGAGCUGCUGGAGAGGAGGAAUGUUGAAAGGACGCUCAGAACUGGGCCCUGGUUCCAGCCGAUAACGGUGGAAGCGAUGGCUCUUUGGUAGCAAGGGGUUGCUUUGCUGACUCCAAAGGAGCGGUGGUGGAAAACAACUUACAAAGCCAGACCCAUUCAGAACUCCAGCCGGCGGGGAAUGGACCACCAGAUGAAUGGCGUCAUGGCCGAGAAGCACAGCCCCAUUGACUACGGGGUUCAGAUCAGGUUCAUCGAUGACCUGAAAGAACCCGGCAAGUCCCAAAAGAUUCGACCGAAGAUCUCCAAGCCGGGUUCUUACGGCGUUGCGGUGCGGGUCCAAGGCAUUGACGGGCAGCCAUUUGUGGUCCUCAACAGCGGCGAGAAAGGCGGAGACUCUUUUGGGGUGCAGAUCAAAGGGGAGAGCAAAUAUGGGGCACCUGCCCGGAACCAACAGCCCGAGGAGCAGUUCCCCGGUUCCCCCGGCACAGCCUCGUCAUCCAAGGAUGCCUCGGGGUCAAUCAGCUCGGACUCUGAUCUCCCGGAGAACCCGUACGCAGCAAAAAUGUCUCGCUAUGGCUCCCAGUACAGCACAUCCGACGAAGAGCAAGGCCCGAGACGCUGCACCAGGGUGCCAAAACCGGACAGCUUGGAGACCGCCUCCUCUUAUCACAGCAAUGGGUCCUCUCUUCCCCGGGGCAGCUACAGGACAUUACCCCACAAAAAGGCCUUUGGGGAGCAGCUGCGGAGGACCCAGUCUCAUGGUUCGCUGCUGAGCCCUGAUUUGGAAGAGCCGCGUGAACCCAGUCCUCCCAGAACCCAGCCCGUCCACGCUUCCCAGCAGGCCCCUGCGGGGGGAACCAUGAAGAGUUCCAGCAUGAUGAAUCUUGCCAGCAGAAAGCUACCCAGCCCUCGCGAUGAAGUCGGCAGCGUCUCCGGUUUAAGACCCGUCAAGAAACAGCCGUUGUUGGAGGUGGAGGAGUCUUCUCAGUCCGCCCAGCCGGCAAACACGGGCGGCGGCAGCGACAUCGAUACCAAGCCACUGUCGUCCGUGGACUCUCUGAUCAACAAGUUUGACGGGAAGGCCCUGCAGAGAGGAAGGGCUUCCCGGAGAAGCCGGGUCUUGCCGGAGGACCGGAAGCGCUCGCAGAGCCUCGAUGGUAGGGUGCCGUAUCACGACACGGCAGACAGCCGGGAGUUGGAUGGCAGCGGGCCCCAAGCAAGCUUCGGAGAUGGACCCGCGACUUCGACGGCCAAGCAGCUUGGCUCAGGCAACCUGAUGGGAACCAGAAAUCACAGUAGGGUCCCCGGACAGCAGCCGAAAGAGAACGGAGUGGACAAAUCGAAACUGACCCGCGAGUGGGUCGUCAAGAACCUGGAGGAGCCUGUGACGGACAAACAGCCGAACAAAGUACAGUCAGACAUGCAGCUGAAAUCUACCCCAGACCUUCUGAAGGACCAACAGAAGGUCUUGCAGCCGGGGAGCAGCGAGCAUACGAAGGCACUGAUCUAUGGCAUCUUGAAGGACGGGAGCACGGAAAGUGAAAGCUCCAUGAAGAAGAAAACCAACCUUGUUUUUGAGAAAAUCCAGACGCUGGCGGCUGUUCCUUCGGCAGAUUCGAGAUCCUCCCCAGCCGAGCUGAGCGAGCUGCAGCGGAAGUUCGGAGAGCUGCAGCGCAAACUGGACGAGGAGACCAAGCUCCGUCAGAGAUUGGAACUGUCACGAGACAGCCGCCGUAACGGCGCCCCGCGCAACCUGGAGAUCCGCCUGGAGGAGUCGGAAGAGGAAUGCCGUCGGCUUCGAGAGGCCUUUGAGAAGAAGACCCAGGAACUGCAGAGCGGCUUACAGGAGCUGAAGGAGGCGAAGACAGUCAAGGACCAGACGGAAGCGAAGCUGGCCGACAUGGAGGAGCAGCUGAUGGAGAUGCAGGAGGAGCUCGAUCGCUUCCGGGAACUCUCGGGGGACACUCCCAGUCGAGAAGCUCUGCUGAGGGAGCUGCUGGAGACCCGAGAGGAGCUGGAGGAGGUGAUGAGAGCCAAGCAGAAGCAGGAGGAGCAGCUGCGCCAGCGGGAGCGGGAGCUGACGGCCCUGAAAGGGGCCUUGAAGGAGGAGGUGUCCAACCACGACAAAGAGCUGGACCGGGUCCGGCAGCAGUGCCAGCAAGACGUGGAGCUGCUCCGGCGCAACAUGGAGGACGUGUCGCAGGAUCAGGCCAGCCUGGAAGCCGAGAGGCAGAAGAUCAACUCCGUGGUGAGAAACCUUCAGAGGGAGCUGGAAGAAAGCAACGAGGAGGCGACCCAUUGGAAGGAGAUGUUUCAGAGGAACAAGGAGGACUUACGGAGCACCAAGCAAGAGUUGCUGCAGGUGAAGGUGGAGCGCGAGGAGUUUGAGGAGGAGCUGAAGGAGAUGCGCGAGCGCUUCUCAGCAAUGCGGCAGGAGGCGGAUCAGGCCCGGAACGGCGCUGGGGAUACCAGUGAGGCUGACAAGCUCCGAAAGGAACUCCACGAGGCUCGCGAACAGCUGCGGGAGCUGGUUUCGGAGAAGCAGGCCCAGGACGAGCUGCUCCGCCAAAGGGAGAGGGAGCUGGCCGCCCUGAAGGGGGCGCUGCAAGAGGAGGUGGCCAGUCACGACCAGGAGGUGGAGGAGGUGAAGCGUCAGUUCCAGGAGAACCUGCAGAGGCUCCGGAAGGACUACGAAGACGCCUCGAAGGUAAAGGCUGCGCUGCAAGGGGAAAAGGAGACAACCGAGCAGACGAAGAAGGCCGUCGAGUCCACCUUGCGGGAGACGCAGGAGGAGAACGACGACCUCCGGCGGAAGAUCCUGGGGCUGGAGACGCAGCUGAAGGAGUACCGGCAUUUUGCCGACAACUGGCAGAGCACCGAAGCCAGGCUGAAGGAGAAGGUGGCCAAACUGGAGGCCGAGCGCAGGCAGAUGGAGGAGUCCUUGGGAGACGCCACGGACCAGGAGCAAGAGCUGCUGCUGGCCAAGAGGUCCCUGGAGAGCCGCUUGGAGGAGGCUCACAGGAGCCUGAACCGGCUCUCCCGAGAGCACCAGGAUCUGACCGCCUCUUACCAGGAGGAGACCAAGCAAAAGGAACAGCUGAAGAAGGCCAAGAGCGAGCUGGAGGAGGAGAAGCGGCUGCUGGACAAGAGCCUCGGGAAGCUGACGAGGGAGCUGGAUCAGAUGACCGAAGAGUCCCACAGAGCCCUGUCUGAGCUGCAGGCCCAGUUGGAGGAGUACAAGGAGAAGUCUCGCAAGGAGAUAACGGACUCGCAGAAGCAAGCCAAAGACAGGAAUGCAGAAGUGGAGAAAAUGCAGUAUAACCUGGGAAGACUGCAAGACGAGGUCGUGCGACUCAAGCAGGCCUUGCAGGACAGCCAAGCCGAGCGCGAGAACGCCGUGUUGGAUAAGGAGCUCCUGGCGCAGCGCCUCCACAACUUGGAGCAGGAGAUGGACUCCAAGCGGCGGUCCCAGGAUGAUCGAUCCCGGCAAGUCAAAGCUCUGGAGGACAAAUCGAAACGUCUUGAAGUAGAACUGGAUGAGGAAAGGAGCACAGUCGAGCUGUUAACCGAGAGGAUUAACCGCACCAGAGACCAGAUCGACCAAUUGCGCGCCGAGCUGUUGCAAGAGCGUUCUGUCCGGCAAGACCUGGAGUGCGACAAGAUCUCUCUGGAGAGGCAGAACAAAGACCUCAAGAGCCGCCUCGCGAGCUCCGAAGGGUUGCAGAAGCCCAACGCCAACGUCUCGCAGCUGGAGUCGCGCAUUCAAGAGCUGCAGGACAAGCUCCAGGCUGAAGAAAGAGAGAAGAGCAUCCUGUUGUCUUCUAGCCGCAAGCUGGAGCGGAAGGUGAAGGAGCUGACCAUCCAGAUCGACGACGAAAGGCAGCACGUCAAUGACCAGAAAGAUCAGCUGAGCUUGCGGGUCAAGGCGCUGAAGAGGCAAGUGGACGGAGCCGAAGAGGAGAUCGAGCGGCUGGAGGCUGCGCGGAAGAAGGCCCAGCGGGAGCUGGAGGAGGAGCACGAGUUGAACGAGCAGCUGCAGAGCCGGAUCAAGGCCCUGGAGAAGGACCUCUGGCGCAAGGCAGCCCGGUCCACGGCAGAGUCCUCCCUGAAGGAUGACCAGCUGAGCUCGGACGAGGAGUUUGACAGCGCCUACGGCCCUUCCUCCAUCGCGUCCCUCCUGACCGAGGGGAACCUCCAAACCAGUUCCUGCUAGUAGCAUUCGGCUUUGAGGGUUGGGGCAGGCGAGCAUUGCCUCAUGGGGGGGGCAGGGGGAAGAUGUGCCUCGCCCACCCUCCUCGUCAAAGCGCCAAAAUGGACAUUGGGGCACCCAUUCAGAAAACCAUUCUGGCUGCACAUGCCAUGCCAGGCGUAGAAGAUGGAGGACACCCAUCCCACCCGCCUUUUUCGUGAUAAAAUGGACCUCUUAUGAUGUGAAGGAAAGAUUUUUAUUUUUUUUUCUUGGGUGGGGGAGAGGGUGGUGUGUAAAAAUGAUUAUAUUUUAACCUAUAUUGUUUCUUGAUCUGGUACUCAGGGCAUCGGUGAAUGAAUGAUUCUGAAGAACAAAGAAAGGAGCUUCUCUUUCUUAACCAAAUUUUAAUCGUUCUAUGUAUAUAGGGGACAUAAACAUCUAUGUACGUAUGUAAAAUGCAUGUAUACUGAAAUCAAUGUGCAAUAAUGGGGGGGGGUAAUUCUGGGGAGAUUGUAGGCAAGGACGUGUCUCAAAGGGGGAGAUGUUUGUCUUCCCUGUUGGGCACCCCUGCGUGGGUGUUGAGCUGUAGGUUGGCGGUAUCCGAGGUGGCCUUAACAAUCGGCAUAUCCUAGUCUUGGCUGGUGCGUCCUUGUGCAAGUCUUAGGGUGCCUGAGAUGGAAAAGCUUGAACGUUGCCUUGCGGUUGGGCAACCUUCUCCGGGGACUUGGCUUGUAACCCUUUCCAAGACUCUUUAUGGCCAGUUCCUUCUUCUCUUGUACAUCCCUCGUACGUCCCUUUCCUAUCUAUUCUGGUCCGCUCCUUGGAUCCACUCUGCACUCCGAGGGAUGCGUUGUCUUUUGCUCAGGAGCAGAACUAACUCUGAAACGGAUGCACCUGAACCAGGGAAAGAGGUUUGCCGGAUCACCGCUUCCAGCAUAAAUGUCAAGUUGAAGAUUUUGCAAGAUUUCAGCCAGGCGGGCAAAAUACUCAUGCUGAGGUGGGUGGUCCCAGACGUUGUGGACUCGAUCUGUAGUGUCAGCUUGAUCUCAGCCAUCCAGCACCAACUGAUUGGCAAGGAUCUAUUUGGGUUCUCUCUAAAGACGGUGGCUGAAGCUGUUCUGGAGGGGGAGGAUCCUGGCAGCGUCACUGAAAAGUCUUGGUCCCUCUGAGCGUCUCCAGCUCUCUUCAUGUUGCACCGGGAACAAGGUUUAUCGGAAUUCCUGGAGAAUGCAAUGGAGGAAACCUUUUACAAUUGUUGAUGGAAACCGAGAGGCCUACGACCAUCAAGUUGUAAAAACUCUUGUGUUUGUGCCACUGAAUCUUGGCAGUCCUGCAUAUUCUCGCUCCAGUGGGCUGACAAUACCACCAAACCUCCUGUAUUCAGGGCAGGUAUUGCUGCAGCUGUGAUGCCCAUCUUGUUUUGUAACUGCAAAGCAAGGUAAUUGUUAGCAUUUGGGGUAAGGUCUGACACUCUGGUCCUCCAGUGGUUGUGAUCGGACUGUGAGCACAUGGCAGAACCCCUGAUGUCUGCGAGUCACUUCCCACCUUACCAUUUAAAGGAGGAGCACUCCUGCUAGUCUCUCCCAUGUCAGGGAACGCAAUCCCCAAGUAAUGAAUACAUGUAGAUGCGACUUUCAGUGGCAUUUCAAUGCACUUUAGCAAUUGUUUGCAAUUUGCAAACGAUCCCUAAACUGCAUUAUCCGCCAUGUGUGAAAGCAGCCAUAACCCGGGAAGAAGGAAUACCAGGGGUUUGAUCCCUACAGGGAAAGGCUCCUUGGGCGAGGGAAAGCGCCGCUGUUAGCAUGACGGAUCUUCAGGGUCCAGUCCAGGGACUCUGUCAGAGGAGGAGCCAUUUCCCAAAGCUCUUCCCCUGUAGGUUCUACAAGAAAGCCAGUAGGAAUAGGUGGCUUCAAAGCAGUUAAAGAUGCACGGCUUCGUCUCUUGUCUCGUCUUGACGAUUCCUGAACCAACUCGUCAAAAGUAUUUCUCAAACUCUCCUAUGACCGUCAGCAGAUUAGAGAAGUCACAUCUAUGGCCGCGUUCCAGCCUUGCCCUCAGUGUGUCUGCAGCUGGGACAAGGGUACGGUUGCACGAGCAUCAUCUAUGCACCUGGGCACCUUCUCGUCGACCUCGCAUUUGGUUCCACUUUGCAGAGAAGGCCAGGCCAGGAACAAUCUCUGUGGCACUGAACCUUUCUAAGGGCUUUUUCCCCCCCUCCUUCACUUAACAGAACCCAGUCCGGGGCGACCCCACACAAACCUUUCCAGACCUUGCACUGUGUGCCUUAUUGCUCAUCUGUCCCUCAAGGGGAACUGUUUUGGACAUCCUUUUCUGACCUGGAUUUGGACUGGGAGGCCAGGCUUGAAAACACACCACUCGGGGAUAAUGGCGUACAUCUACACCCCUGGCACUUGUCCAUCUGUCUUCUUAAGCGAAGGGAAAGGGGACACCUUCCCGCUUGCUCAGUGCUCCAGAGCUCGCUCCCAUCUGUCUCGCGAUGGUGAUAAAUGGGAAUUCUUGAAGAGGCGAAGCGUUCUUUCCCUUUUCCAUUUGGAUGCUUGCCCGGCAGAGGGGAGGUUGGGUGGACAGCCAAGGUCCUUUGGUUCUUGUUGGAGACAAUCACAGGGAGGGGGGAGCUUUUGACACAGAAAAUGCCUUAAGGGAAGCUCCCCCCCCCUCCCCAGCUAUCUUGCUUCUAAAUCCUUUACAAAAGGCGUUCUGGAUAGUUUGUGGUGCAGAAGAGAAUUCCAGGUAGAGCCACAGGCAGUUUUAGGGGUCUGGCCAGGGUGGAGUCAGUGGGGCCGUCUCCUCCUGCACUGAAGGCUGUCCCAAUUGUAAGUCCAGUCCAAACAUCAGGGCAGGCUGGAGGCCUCCCUUCAGCUGCCAGUUUUUGUCCAAAUAAAUGUUGUCUCUGGACCCCAGAAUUGCCACUAGAGGCAAAUGCUCAGUGCGGAUUCUUGGAGCUGCGUUUGUUUCCCCAUUGGCAGUGAAGGAGGCAAACCAAGUGUGCCAGGGCUAGGGUAAUGUGGGCUAGUUUUUAAGAAAAGUGUAGCUCCUAAGUGUAGCGGUCAGGGCAUGCACACGUGAAUGAGAUGCCCAGUUCUCAGUCACGACAACUGUGCCGUGGCGGGUGUUAAAAGUGAAGCCGCCAUCUCGCUUGCCCGUCAACUCCUCUCUGUUGUCUCCAGCUCUCUUUCGUAGCUCAGUGGUGGGCAGGUGGUUGCCCUAUGACUUUGGAUACCUUUACAGCUGCAAUCGGGGAUUUCUUGUAAAGGUGAGCCUCCUUCCAAAUUGGGGAGGAUCUGGUAGGAAAAAACAGUAGAAAGGUGAACUAUCAGAGGGCUGCUCUGUUAAACUGCCUGUGCAAUUGCAAGACGCAUCCAAUUCUGGAUUUUGUCCAAAACGUGGCAGUUCUCAUUUGCAAGACUCCUGAAACUGGCCUGCUCCAACCUUCUCUGAAUGUGCCCCUUCUCUGGAGAGUUUCUUCCCCCGAGCUCUGGACCUUGUUCUUUUUUCUUUUGGCCAGAAAAGUGGCAUCGUUGUUUUGGUUUUGUUCUCCACCCUCUGCAGCACAUAGCUGCUGAGCUGUGAGGGACUCUCUUGGGCCUGCUCACCUGAUGAAUAUAAUAUAUGGACAAACUGAAUAGAGCCUGCUAGCCAUAUAUUAUGGCUUGGCAGGCACUCAACCGUCCGUCUCUGUUCUCGCAAUCUCAGGCGCGCGGCCAAAUCAGGACAUUUGGGCCCCUGGUGAGCCACCAUAUGUAGCAGCUGGUUUAUGGUAAGCCACAGGUUUCUGUAGGCCUGGCUUAGUUUUUCUAUUGCGUGUUGGCCAUGGAGUUCAUGACCUGAUGGAUUCUUGCCUGCAGUCAAGACCCGUUUUAUUUCUGCAGCGUGCAAAGCUGGCCAAAAGUCAACGCACGUCCCAGGAACUGUGUCUUGUAAGCACCCCAAGUUCACAAAGAACUUGCGUUCUUUUCAGACUUUUGGCAGAGCUUCCGGCUGAUACAGAAAAUGCUCUUUUUGGAGUUCACCUCCAGCGCAGGUGGUGUGAUCUCCAUUCAGGUCUCUAGAGGGCUGGCUGUUGUAAGUAGAUCUGGCCCGAUAAUACACCAAAACCAUCGGAAGGGCUCCAAAACAUCUUGGCCAUCAUGACCAGGUGAUUAUAAGACUAUCCAAUAACUCAGUGGUUGCAAACUAAUCGUUUUUAGACCCUCUGUGUUUGUGGGCUGCACGUAGAUGGUGUACACAAUUUUAAAAAUCCAACGCCAUACAGGGUGGAGAGUUGGAAACACUUGAACUUCCUCUAAAGCUCAUUCAGAGACAUUUUAGCAGGGGGCAAACUUUGGUGGUGAUAGGCAGGCACCUAUCAGGGGCAAAAUGGAACCCGUCCAUCAGAGCCCACCAGCUGAAGCAUGUGUCUUGAAAUAAAGCAAAGAAUGGAAUUACAAAAGAAAAGCCUUGCCCCUCCACAUGCUCAGUUUUCCAGGGGCAAAACUUGGACUGGUUUUUUACACCCAGACCUCUGCAGCUGUACUUUUUACAAUCAUGCAAUAAUUUAGAUGUGUAUUGCGGGGGGGGGGGGAAUAUGAGCAACGUGGAAUGUUGAACCGCGAUUGUGCGCUCGCCCUAUUGCGACGGAUUUUGGACCAUUUGAAAUGGCUGCUAAUGUGAUUCGUUUUUAUUAUUUGUAACUUUUUUGAUUUCAUUCCAGAUUUAUUUUCCUUUAUUAAAAGAACAAACUUGUCUAUUGAUUUUUAAAAUAAAAAGGUCCUA